UUGGUCGACGUUGUCGUUGUCAUCCUCGUCGACGACGUCGACGUCCGUUCGCCGACGACGUUUCUUCCGUCCCUCGACGGAGGUGUGAACGUUUCGCUUGUUCACAUUUCGCUCUUGCUCUUAAACAGUGCCAAAAGUGACUCAAAACGCUCCGCUCUGUUUCUCAUCGCGGUCCUAUUUUUUCCUUUCCCCGUGUGUCUUUUCUUCUACAUUUCUUUUUCGUCUCUAAUUGCCUUCCCGGUUUUCUUCGCGGUCGAUCUCCACAAUCUCUCUCUCUCUCUCUCUCUCUCUCUCUUUCUUUCUCUCUUCCUCGCGCGAGUGGAAGUUCAUCCAUACGCUUCUUCUUUCCCUCUUCUUCUUCUCCCUCUCCUUUUUCGUCUUCAAAUUAUCUCUCGAUAUUCCGCUCCGUCUGCCAAGGAAUCACGCGAGCGUAUUCGAUCGCGUGGGCGAGCGCGAGGAAUUAGUCGAGUCGAUCGCGGUUGACAGUGAAAGUUCGUGAUUUGUGCGAUGAUCGAUCGCGUGUGCUCGACGAACUAUCGUGUCACAUUCGGCUCGAUCGAGUCGGCGAAAUCGAUAAUCGUGUGAAUUAUUGAAAUAGAAAACAAUUCGACGCGCACGAAGUGCGAUCGAACGCGCGCGAGUUUUUUUCUCAGGAACGAAGAUUUGCCGAAAAACUUCAACACGUUGUUCACAUGUUGCCGGAAAGCAAUUUUCCCGUCACAGGGGGCACUAUGCAGACCGAGGAAGUCGUGCCGCGCGCACAGUCUAUUGGGAUAGACGUUGGUCUUAACGACGGCGCUGGUCUGCAACAUCAUUUGCAUCACCACUCGGCACAUUUACACUGCCCGUUGCCACCUCUGAUCCACAUGGCCGUCAAGCAAGAGCCGCAGGAGGAAGAGGAGCGGAGUCGCGACGCGAAUACGUUGAGCCCGCAAGCGGACGCGAGCAACGCCGCGGUUUCGGCUGACAACAAGCACGGACAUCACGUUCAUCAUCAACUUCAAGGAUUGGAGGAAAAUCCGACGCUAACUGUUCCAGAUCCCGGCAACCGAGGACGAUCCAGUCGCGGUCGAAGGAAAUCGCGAUGGAAACUCAAGUUUCAUCAUCAGGCGUUGCCGCCGGAAUAUUUGGACCAUUACGAAGCGUCGCUGGCUCAGGAAAAUCUGAAUUCCUCGCCGCCGCGUGUCGUCGAACCGGCAGCGUCGAGUCCAGCGCCAACCAGCUCAACAUCUACUCCGAGUCCAAUCGCCGAUGUUCACGGUUGGCUGCAGCGAAUCGCGGCAAUGCAGCAAGAGUUGUGUCCGCAAAUCGCAUCGUCUCAAUGUCCUACGACCGUCGGCCACAAUCAAGUUGCCGGCGCCAGACGAUCUGUUAUCACGUCCGCGUCUUCGCAGACCUGUAACAACACUCCCUAUUCCAAUCAUCACGCCAACGUGCAACAAGUACAGUCGCAGCAGACGUCCAGCAGACCGCCAAUGAAAUAUUCCGAUCUUCCGUACAUGGGCGAGAUCACUCUCGACAACAGCAAACCGAGACGUGGCCGAAAACCCAAAAAGGCCGAUAUCUGUCACUUAAUCUACAAAAACUACGGCACCAUACUUCCAGGUAUGCCGGGUCACGAGGAGAAGAGAUUGUCGCCGCAAGAUAAGCAAGACCCUCGGGAUCGCGUGUCGCCUCCUCACGUGCCUUUUCAGAGAACGGACGUUCAGAACAGGAUUAGCAGCCUAUUGGAGAAACGACUGACGCAGGAAACUCGACGAAAUUUCGCUCUAUCGGAAAACUCGCGAGAACAGGACGAACCGUUGAAUCUCUGUAUCAGAGAUCUCAAUCAGCUCAAAAUUCGAUUAUUACGAAAACACGGAAAUGUCUACCAAUCUGAUCAGGUAAAGAGCGAGACGUCUAGUGACGGCGAAGAGGUCGAGUGUUUGGGAACUAGGUUCUCGUCGGAACCGGUCAACUAUUCGGAUCCGAUCGCUCAUCGACUGAACAACAAUCUCGUCAAUCACAACAACAACGUGAUCAAUCCGAUGAUCGCGUCCAACUCCGGUUUCGUGUACUGGCCAAAUGCCGGUGUGUUUAUUCAUCCGAUGGCGUUGCAGUCCCAGUUGCUGUAUUAUCAAAAGGUGGCUCAGAACGACAAGUGUCUACCACGAUCAAUAGAUCAAUCGCCGAAGGAGCAAAAAAUCGUGCCCAAGUCGAUAUAUUCUAUAAUGGAGUCAAAGAGCCCACCCCAGAUGUCACCGUUGCCCACGUCUCAGACGACGUCCGCGACGAUCGCCGAACCGCCGUCGCCCAGACCGAAGAGAAACGCGCCUUUGAAUCAGCAACAAGGUCAGCCGACCAAACGGAAGCGUUCCGCUAUAUUCAUACCGCCGAUGCCAACCGAGAACAAUAAUAAUCCGGCUACGGAAGUGAGCAUAUGCAAAUUCAAAUUCACCGGCGGCGCCAAACCCAGUCUGCAGGAGAAAAAGAGUCUUUCCGUAGACUCGGGUGGCAAUUUUCGUUACUACAGCGGCACCGGUGACAAAAGUAUGCGCGGUUACGAGUUCUUUCCCAGAGAAGCUCUUCAGCAACCCGCGGGUCAGUCUGGCACCACAUCCGCCACCGGAACCUUUCUAAACGCCGCUGGCGAGCGAAUACAACCGCCUGCGGUGUGUCAGAGAAACUCAGCCAGCCAGGACGAUGGUCGGCGAAAAAGAAAAACCAGAAAAUCAUUGCAACGAGAGAAGCUUGAACAGACUUUCAAGGAGAAGGGCUUUCUCAUUCAGACGCAACAGCUAGAAUCCGCGGAAGGUGCUACUUACUGCAAGUUUCGGCAGCUUAGAAAAUUCACCAGGUAUCUGUUCAGAAGCUGGAAGGACUAUCUGCCCGGUAACGUACGCGAAUUAAGCAGCGGCGGGGGUGCUGGUGCUGGCGGUGGUGACGUUGUAAUAGACGGCGACGCGACCGACGUUGACGUCGACGGCGACGCUGCUUUCGUUCACUCUCCGCUUCCUCGCGCCAAUCUGCUCGAUGUGCCGAACAGUUUCGUGGAGGAUCAUCGGACUUUACCCCUUACGUGAAACCCGACAUUCGCGACGAACGAAAGUCAUGACACGAUGCGCGCAGUGCUUCUACGUUGUUGUUGAUUUUUUUUUUUUUUUUUCUGUGGAAGUUUGUCCAGUGAUUGAGAAGAGUUUUUUUCAAACUCUUUGUAAGUUUAAUCAAAGUCUUUCAAGUUAUCUCUCACUAUCUCGGUGUGUCUCAAAAAUAUGUGACGAUUAAAAAAGUAAAUAAAUUCACUAACGUAACUAGAUUUCAAAAAUCGAAGAUGAUUUAAAGCACUCGAUAAAUUUCUUCACAAUAGCAUCGUGUCACGAAGAUAAGGCGAAUUCGAUCGUAGCUUGGUGCCAAAGAUGAGAGACCGGAAUGUACAUAAAAUCGCAAUAGAGAACGGUUUAACCAAAGAGUGAUUUCGCGCUCGCCAUAUAUUGGAAUCGGAAGUGGGUACGUGUGUGUGCGUGUGUGUGUGUGUGUGUGUGGAGAUAAUUUGUUUUUAGAUUAUACAAUCAAAUUGCGAUGCAUUUGGAGUGGUAUAAAAAAAAAAAAAGAGAUUUGCAACUAUACCGACGUCGCCACGUCGCUAUUUUUCUAAGCAACUACUCGUUUAAAUACAUUGAUCUAACGCGAAAUCUAGUCUUUAUUUAUAUACUCUUGUUAAAUCAUAAAUAUGUUUUCUCUUGUUUUUACAUCUCUGUGACGGAUUGUAUA